GGUUGGAGUGGAGUCCCCUCCUCUCCUCACUGCCUGCUUUGGUAGAUGAUCGAUUCUCUCUCGGAGUGAUGAUGCUGUCUGUCCUAGCAAAGUGAUGAUGAAAAGGGAGAGGAGAGGGACAGACCUGGAGUGCUUUCUCCUCAUCAGCUCCUCACUCAGACCUACUCCUCAGCUCUGCCUAUCAGGCUGCACAUUGUCUUUCCUUCCUGACAAGCAGCAGCAGCCUGGGAGGGGAAGGGAUAUUAUUUUAUGGUGAGGGUUUUGUCCCUUCCAGCUGCUCUGUCCCUUGCUGGGCAGGGCUUUCCUCCUCCUCCUCCUCGCUUCCCCAGCACAGGCUGCUAGCCGAGGUUGGCCGGCAGCAGCAUCCUGAGAAGAACCUGAGCAUGUCCAGCAAGGGCAGGCGAUGUAAGGAGCAGGGGAGAGUGACCUUCCCCCAGCAGCAGCAGGAGGAGGAGGACGGGGGAGAGGAAGAGGAGCAGCAGCGCCGGCGGCGGGGCUGGAGAGGCGUUAAUGGGGGGCUGGAGCCCUCGCAGCAGCAGCAGCAGCAGCAGCAGCAGAGAGCAGUGAAAACCCAGCGGGACCCCUACGGCUACUACCCGACCCUUCCACUGGUCAGCAGCAUGUCCAUUGAAGGAAGCCCGUCUCUGAGACGUAUGACUAUGAUGAGGGAAAAGGGAAGACGGCAAGCUAUUAGAGGCCCGGCGUUCAUGUUCAACAACAGGGGCACAAGCCUCACUGCUGAAGAAGAGCGUUUUCUGGAUGCAGCAGAGUAUGGGAACAUUCCCGUGGUGCGCAAAAUGCUGGAGGAGUCAAAAACACUAAAUGUCAACUGUGUUGAUUAUAUGGGCCAAAACGCCUUGCAGCUGGCUGUAGGGAAUGAGCAUUUGGAAGUGACAGAACUUCUGUUGAAGAAGGAGAACUUGGCACGAAUUGGAGAUGCACUGCUGCUCGCUAUUAGCAAGGGGUACAUCCGGAUAGUGGAAGCAAUUUUGAAUCAUCCUGGUUUUGCAGCAAAUAAGCGACUGACUCUGAGCCCCUGCGAGCAGGAGCUCCAGGAUGAUGAUUUUUAUUCCUAUGAUGAAGACGGCACCCGCUUUUCACCAGAUAUCACCCCCAUCAUUUUAGCUGCCCACUGCCAAAAAUACGAGGUUGUGCACAUGUUGUUAUUGAAAGGAGCGAGGAUAGAAAGACCUCAUGACUAUUUCUGCAAAUGCAAUGACUGCACUGAAAAGCAAAAGCAUGAUUCUUUUAGUCACUCCAGGUCGAGGAUAAAUGCCUACAAAGGCCUGGCUAGUCCUGCUUACCUGUCUCUUUCCAGCGAAGACCCAGUUCUCACAGCUCUAGAACUCAGUAAUGAGCUUGCCAAGUUGGCCAACAUUGAAAAAGAAUUCAAGAAUGACUAUCGCAAGCUGUCUAUGCAAUGCAAGGACUUCGUGGUUGGUGUCCUUGAUCUCUGCCGAGACUCUGAAGAGGUAGAAGCCAUUCUAAACGGGGAUUUGGAUGCUGAGCCAGUUGAAACACAGAGGCACAGAGCUUCACUGAGUCGUGUCAAACUAGCCAUUAAGUAUGAAGUAAAAAAGUUUGUGGCCCAUCCAAACUGUCAGCAACAGCUGUUGACUAUCUGGUAUGAAAAUCUGUCAGGAUUACGGGAACAGACCAUAGCUAUCAAGUGUCUCGUUGUGCUGGUUGUUGCAUUGGGCCUUCCACUUCUUGCCAUUGGUUACUGGAUUGCACCAUGUAGCAGGCUUGGAAAAAUUCUCCGCAGCCCAUUUAUGAAAUUUGUGGCACAUGCAGCCUCCUUCAUUAUUUUCUUGGGCCUACUGGUGUUCAAUGCCUCAGACAGAUUUGAAGGCAUCACAACCCUCCCAAAUGUCACUGUUACUGAUUACCCUAAACAGAUCUUUAGGGUGAAAACUACGCAGUUCACUUGGACAGAGAUGCUGAUCAUGGUGUGGGUGCUUGGUAUGAUGUGGUCAGAAUGCAAAGAGCUCUGGCUAGAAGGACCCAGGGAAUAUAUUUUGCAGCUGUGGAAUGUUCUGGAUUUUGGGAUGUUGUCCAUUUUCAUAGCUGCUUUCACAGCCAGGCUCCUAGCAUUUCUGCAGGCCACCAAAGCACAGCAAUAUGUGGACAACUACAUUGAGGAGAGUGACCUCUCCGUAGUCACACUUCCACCCGAAAUAGAGUAUUUUACUUACGCCAGAGACAAAUGGCUCCCAUCUGAUCCACAGAUAAUAUCUGAAGGUCUCUAUGCAAUAGCUGUUGUGCUUAGCUUCUCUCGGAUUGCAUAUAUCCUGCCUGCAAAUGAGAGCUUUGGGCCCUUGCAGAUUUCCCUUGGAAGGACUGUAAAGGACAUUUUUAAGUUUAUGGUCCUUUUUAUUAUGGUAUUUUUUGCAUUUAUGAUUGGGAUGUUCAUACUCUACUCCUACUACCUUGGAGCUAAAGUAAACUCUGCUUUUACAACAGUUGAAGAAAGUUUCAAGACCUUGUUUUGGUCAAUAUUUGGUUUAUCUGAAGUGACUUCAGUUGUCCUCAAAUAUGAUCAUAAAUUCAUAGAGAAUAUUGGCUAUGUUUUGUAUGGCAUAUACAAUGUAACAAUGGUUGUAGUUCUGCUCAACAUGCUGAUUGCUAUGAUCAACAGCUCGUACCAAGAAAUUGAGGAUGACAGUGAUGUGGAGUGGAAGUUUGCUCGCUCUAAGCUCUGGUUAUCUUACUUUGAUGAUGGAAAAACAUUACCUCCGCCGUUCAGUCUUGUACCAAGCCCCAAGUCUUUUUUCUAUUUCAUCAUGAGGAUCGUCAGCUUUUCUAAGUGCAGGAGGAGAAGACUGCAGAAAGAUACUGAAAUAGGGAUGAGUAACUCCAAAUCUAGGUUAAACCUCGUCACUCAAUCUAACUCAAGGGUUUUCGAAUCGCACAGUUUUAACAGCAUUCUCAAUCAGCCAACACGCUAUCAGCAAAUCAUGAAAAGGCUUAUAAAACGUUAUGUUCUGAAAGCACAAGUGGACAAAGAAAACGAUGAAGUGAAUGAAGGUGAAUUAAAGGAAAUCAAACAAGACAUCUCCAGUCUUCGCUAUGAACUUUUGGAAGAUAAAUCCCAAGCAACAGAAGAUUUAGCAAUUCUAAUACAUAAACUCAGUGAGAAACUCAACCCCAAUAUGUCAAGAUGUGAAUGAUUCAAUGAAUUAUCGGGAUUCCUGGCAUUUUCUUCAGCACAAAUAUUGGCAAUAAUAUUUUGGAGUAUCUUAUACUUGAAAAAUAUAUUGUAGAUUUUUAGCACUAAAUAACUUUAUGUACAGCUUUCUUUAAAUUUAGUCAGGAAAUUUUAUUAACUCAUCACGCAAAAAAUGCUCUGUUCAUUUAAGUGUAUUGAAAAGUAAGAACUCUCAUACCAGUUUUUGCAUUUAAUAAGAAAGUACAAUUGAAAGUGAAAAAAUCUUGCAUUGCUGAUAUUUUGACUGUUUUAUGAACAAACUUCAAAAACUUUGCACUAAACAAUUUGCACACACACACACAAAAAAGGCACUGCAAAGGACCCUGUUCCCUGCGGCAACUGGUGUGAACAGGAUUCUCUAGAAUGUAAUAAAUAAGGAGUAGUCAGCUGAGUCUCAGUUAAGUAUUAUUUGAAAUAUUUAUGUUUUUUCAAUUAUUCUAAUAACAGAUAUGACCGAAGAACUCACAGAAUGGGUACUUUAAGAUUUAACAACGAAUAUCAAAGCGUGAAUAUAACUUUAGGAGCACUGUUUAACAUACAUAGACUACAGUUUGUUUCUUAAUGCAGCAUAAUGUUUGCUUUCAACAGUAGGGACUAGAAACUUUUGAAGGUAAAGUGAAUUCAGUCAAAAGUUAUUCUUUCUUGUGGUAGAGAUGAUUUUUUUUAAAUUCAGAUUCUAUGCAGGGCUGGUAUUUUGUUACACUAUUCUAAAUGAUGCCUCUGAUGCUUACUUGUUAAAUAAAAUAUUCAUACUUUACAGGCUCUUUAACUUGCCCCA